AUGCGGAUUGGGAACAAAUGGGCCGAUAUAGCCAAGAUAUUGUCUGGAACGACAGAUAAUAACAUAAAAAAUCGCUGGAAUGCCACCAAGCGCAAGCAACUCUCUCAACGCAAGUUCCUCCCAAACAAUGACGAUUCCAACCUCUUGCAAGACUACAUUAAGAGUGUCACCACUCCGUCUCCUCCAGAACGAUCGGCACUGGCUUGUGGUGGCGACCACAAAACUGUGAAGCAGUCAUUGUCUUUGUCGACGACAGCCAUUUCUCAUGGCUCGGAUGUACAGCCUAAAGCGGUCAAGCGCCCCCAGCAGGCCCCGAAUCACCACUACCACAGCCAGUCACUGCUGCUGGCUCAGAGGCCUGCCAGCAAUUACGUCAGUUUUCCAAUGGUUGAUGGGAAUGAAAAUCUUGGGUUUUAUUAG